GGUUAGGUAAGGAGCGAGUGUUGUUAUCAGGUGCUCUGUGAUAAGUGAUAUGAUAACAUGUAGUGAUCACUGCGAUAGCACGUAACAUUACAACCAUGCAUGAGCCGCAUAUUUUAGCACAUUGCACCAAUGGGAAAAUGAUAGAGAUAAUUCGUUAUGGAUGACGAUGAUGAUUUUUUCGAUACAAUCUCAGUUGGCUCGGGAGUGAGUAAGAGAAGAUUUGAUAAUAAAGAUUACCUCAGCUUAUCAAGAAACACAGUGUAUCAGUCAGCAGUUGAUUUAGAAAAUAUGGAAUUGACCCGAUUGGACCAUCCGGAAGACGGAAAUUCACAAAAUAAGGUGUCUAGAAAUAGAGAUGUUAAGACGUACAAGCAGUGGAGAGAUAGGCGCUGGCGUUACUUCACAAAUGGCGAAUUAUGCGUCGAUUUCGUCUUGGCUUACGACAAAGAAGGCAAACCUGAAGAUAUCGCAAAACGAGAACAUUUUGAGGCAAAUUUACAAAAUGUAGGUCUUAUUUUAGAAAAGGAGGAAAGUCAGCGCAUUCAUUUUGUAAAAAUUCACGUGCCGAGGGAGGUUCUGUGCCAAUAUGCGGAAAUUUUAAAGUUAAGACUACCUAUUAGAUACGACGAAAAUUUACCAGAAAUCGGAAACGUGUUUUAUUCGACAUUAAAUAAGCUUUUGGACUGCUUGAGAGUGAGAUUAGACCCUGAAAUAUUUCCGCCGAAGAAAUACAGAUUGACGGCUGAAUUUAACAGAGAAAAAAACUACUUAUUCGAUGUGGAUGAUCCUGAUUUUUUCAAUGAAGCGGUUCGGAUCACUGUAGCUUCAUACAUUUUAGAACGCGAAAAAUUCGGAAUUGAGGACCAAGAAAAAGGAGUUCAUAGACUGAUCUCAGAGGGCAUUUACAAGGCUGCAUAUCCGCUACAUGAUGGCGAUCUGCAUGAGAAAAACUCCAAACGCGUCAAACUCCUGAAACACUGGGCCCAAGUGAGCAAAUGCGUCAAAUACCAACCCCUCGACGACGUGAAAGAAUAUUUCGGAAUAAAAUUCGCUUUGUAUUUCGCAUGGCUCGGCUUCUACACCCACAUGUUAAUCCCGGCAUCAAUCGUGGGAAUCCUCUGUCUAGUCUACGCCGCUACGACUUUACCACAAGACACUUUAUGCAAAGACUUGUGCAAUUCGGACAUUAUUAUGUGCCCCCGAUGUGACAGAGUUUGCGAUUACUGGAAACUGAACGAGGGUUGUCUCUACGCCAAAAUCCAGCACUUUAUCGACAACCCUGCUACGAUUUUCUUCGCCGUUUUCAUGUCUUUUUGGUCGAUUUUGUAUUUGGAGUUGUGGAAACGCUACAGCGCUGGGAUCACCCACCGAUGGGGCCUCACGGGGUUCGAUUUGAAGGCCGAACCGCCCCGACCCGAAUAUUUAAUCCGUUUAGCCGACGCGAAAAAGCGAAAAUUAAACGUAAUCACAAAUUUGAACGAACCGGCUGUGUCUUUUUGGAAAGUCAAAUUACCGUCGAUUAUUCUAAGUUUUACACUUGCACUUUUGUGGGUCUUUAUCGCGGUUUUUGUGGUUUUCGGUGUUGUUAUUUAUCGGAUGUCAUUGAUAACGUCGGAAGUUUUAUAUGAAGAUAAAGUUACUUACCGGAUUUAUAUUCUACCAAUCACUGCAGCAAUUAUUAAUUUAGUGUGUAUUCUAAUUUUGAAUAUUUUGUAUGAACGAUUGGCCGUUUGGUUGACCGAAAUGGAACUGCAAAGGACACAAACCGAAUAUGAUGAUAGUUUAGCACUGAAAAUUUAUAUGUUCCAAUUUGUUAAUUACUAUUCUUCGAUUUUUUACAUCGCGUUUUUGAAAGGCCAAUUCGUCGGAUAUCCGGCUAAGUAUAAUAGGAUUUUUGGGUUCAGACAAGAAGAGUGUAACCCUGGAGGGUGUUUAAUGGAGCUUACUAUACAACUAGCCAUUAUUAUGAUCGGUAAACAGGCCAUUAACGCAGUUGCCGAAAUGGUUGUGCCUUUACUAAAAAAAAUGUACAAUUCGGUAAAAGUUUCAAUGGGAAUACAGGAAGCACCCCCUGACCAAAUAGGAAUAAUCAGCUGCAACCAGUGGACCGAAGACUACAAGUUAUUAGACCUCCAAUCGCAAAGUCUGUUUUCGGAGUACUUGGAAAUGGUUUUGCAAUACGGUUUUGUUACAAUUUUCGUAACCGCCUUCCCCUUGGCCCCCCUGUUCGCCCUCAUCAACAACAUCCUCGAAAUGCGGCUCGAUGCGAAAAAAUUCAUCAAGUAUUUCCGGCGACCGGUGCCUCAACGAGUCUCCAACAUCGGCAUUUGGUUCCCUAUAAUGGGCAUUCUCGGCCGAAUUUCGGUGGUUUCGAACGCCUUCAUCAUCGCUUUUUCCUCGCAUUUUAUCCCAAAACUCGUGUAUAUGAUGGAAGUGAAUCCUGACCACACCGAAGAUGGGUUUCUUAACAGCACAUUGGCCUAUUUUGACACUGCCGAUUUUGAGGACGGGGUCGCGCCCGAAAACCCGUCAAUGAACGUGUCGAUUUGUCGCUACGCCGAAUAUAGAAACCCCCCGAAUGUCACCAACGGUAUCAAGUAUAAACGGCCAUUGAUUUAUUGGCAUAUUUUGGCGGCGAGGUUGGCUUUCGUGGUGGCGUAUCAAAAUUUGGUCACUUUUGUUGUGACUGCAGUCGAAUGGACCAUUCCAGACAUUCCAAGGAAGUUGAAUGAUCAAAUUAAGAGAGAAGCUUACAAAACUAAUGAAACCAUUAUUAAGCAUGAGACGGAUAGGGCCCAAACAAAACAUAGAAAAAGAAAAAAUCGCGACUCGGUCCUGUCAAGUCAGACAAUUUAUUACGACGCCAACGGAGGCUUCCACUCAGAUAUAGCAAACACCUCAAGGGGGGAACACAUUGAAAACUCUUAGCACAUGCCGAUAUUUUUUAUUACUUGUACAUAAAUUUUGGACCAAGGAGAUAAUUCAGUCUCCCGAUUUAGGCCUUUUUGACUUGCCUUUGAUAACUGCUAGGGCUUUAAAUACUUAACAUUUCUAUGUCAAAGUUGGAUUAAAUACUCAGAAAAAGUAACAAGUUCCUUGCCGUGUUAGCUUAUUAAAUGACAGUAAAAGUGAAUUUACACUAGACAUUUUUCAACUAAAAAAAAUAUAACUUUUCAAAUUGGAUAUUUUAAAUAAUGGGCUUUAAAUUCAAGUUUGAAAGAUUGCCCCACUAAUUUUAACUCUAAAAAUACUCAAAAAAAGAUAUCAAAAUUUUCGAUUUUUGCAAAUAUCAAUAAUAUUUUUGCAAAACUUUAAAAUUGUUAAAACUUGAAGUUGUUGAUACAUUACGCAUUUUAGUAAAUUUUAUGCAAGUGUUAAAUUAUAUUUAAAUAUAUUUUUUAUGAAUUUUAGCUAAUAUACGAGACGUACAAAAUAAUACAUAGAAUCAAAAUGUUGUUUGUUUAUUACUCUAAAGUUGAAAACUUGGGUUAGGUAAUUAUUUGUAUAUCUACUCUAGACAGAAAAGCAUUUGUGUUAACGGGUUUUCUUUACGUAAAAGCAUGUGAUAAAUUUUUUUUAUAUUUAUUUGAUUUGUAGAUAAGCAUUAUUUAUAUGACUUAAUUUUAACCUAAUUAAUGUUACUUGCCGCAUGAGAUAUUUUUAAUGUAACUUUUAUAUAUAGAGAAUUAAUUCUCGGUUAUUUUUGUAACAUUUUUAGUAAGACAUACCUGAGUGAAUAGUCAAAAAAUGCACUUUAAGUAAAACUUAUUAUUUAUAACGUGGUAAGCAGCAUUUAUUUAAGUCAAUCACUCUAUUUUAAUUAUCGCUUUAAGAAGUUCCAAAUAUCACUACAUAAACAUCACUUUCUAGUCCAGAAGACGAUUUGGUGCCCUUAAUUGUAAUUAUUUUAUUUAUAUUUUAACUGGGUGUAUGGAAAUUUAUAGUUUUUUAUGUAUUUUAAGGUUUGUUAAUAAAACAUUCAUUUUUUAUA